UAAUGAAAGUGAGCAAUCGGAAAAAAAAUCAGAAUAAAUUUCGGAACUUUGCGUGUGGGUGUUUGUUCCGUUUACGUAUUUUUUAUUUAUUUCCCAAACGCGAUGUCUCAAUGUUUAUCAACAAGUAAAUGUGUGAAUUAGAGUGUCGAUACGGAAGGAUAAUAAUACAAGUGAUGACUUAUGUUUGCAGUGAAGAUGUGAUAACAAGUUAGCGCUUUUUGCUUUGUGACGAUGGAUGGGGCUAGCGCCGUGGAUUCGGACCAUUCUAUGACUUGGGAAGACUUCUUUGGUAGCACAACAGACCUGACCCCAACUUUGAUUGGAAUCUACGAUUCUCUUCUGGAGCCGGACAAAAGUCUAAAGCCAGAAGUCAGUCGUUUCGAUUUCUCGCCGAAAGAUGCGAGAAACGACCCUCCGAAUCAAAAGCCUGAACCAGCAACCGUCGCAAUGAUUGAAGAAACAAAUGACAACGUAAACAAAACACACCCACCUAAAGACAAUCUAAAACCAAGUGGUCUCGCGACCAUCAACAAAAGCUCAUUAUACACACUAAGACCUAAACUGGACAGUGAUAAAAUUGGUGCUAUUUCUGAUAUUACAUCCAGUGAUACGGUUCAUAAUCAGAGAACUUUGAAGACUGAAUCUAAACCCUCCGAAGUGUCCUUCGAUAAUCUUUCGUCUAAUGUUAAGCGUAUGAUAUCUAGUGUCGACACUGCCACGGCUAAUCCGUCGAAAUUUCAAAAGAAAACGUUGACAACCAUCAGAUCUUCCGGUAGAGGAAGAUCCAACAUACCGCUUGUUGGGGCCACUUCAAAAAUUGCACAAUCCAGAGUGGAAAUUCUGCCAACAAUAGAUAUUUACGAUCAGCCAUGUGGUGUGAAUAAUUUGAAAAAGCCUGAAGAAUCUCCGUCCAAAACAUUGAAACCAAAUUUCAAAUUAGACACACAAGAAACGUCUGAUGUCCCAACGAAUAACAAACCGGUCCACAAAGAACCGGAGAAAAACACUGCCUUCGAAUCUCUAUCCUUGCCUUACAUCGACCAAUCGAUCGAGCUGUCCAAUUCGACCGAUCGUGAAUUUGAUACGAAAGUGUCAUCUAAAGAUGCAACCCCAGAAAAAUCUUCUAAAACUUUUCUACCGGAUAAAAGUCCUCUGAGACAGCCUAAACUACCCAUCGCCACCAUUAGCUUGAGCAGAAAAGACAGUCCCAGCAAGCAAUUGCCAAAAUCUGCACCAUAUCCAGACCUAGUGGGAUCUGUUGGAAACCUGAAGUCAGGUCCAGAGAAGGAAGUGAAACUAGCGCCUCCCACCGUGGAAGUUUCUAGGCCUUUGUCGAUGAGUUCUAUAGUGUCAUCUAGUUCGUCUAGCUCUGGUGUACAGAAUAAAGGCGUGAAUUCGGCAUACUUGGCCUCUAUAGAGAGUCUGGACGAUCACAGUGACGCUGAUAUGGUUUCGGGAAAUGGAAGCAACAAUUUUGUGAAUGGCUCCGGAGUGUCAGAAGAAGGAGCAAUACCACGUGAGCGGUCGCUGUCGCAGCUGGAGCGAGUGUGCGCUGAGAUCCUGCACACGGAGCAGGCCUAUGUCCACGACCUGCAACAGCUGCAAGAGGGAUACCUACACGUGUGGAGACGUGAGAAGACAUUCUCUGAAGAAGAUUUGGCCGCGCUGUUCAAUAAUAUUGAAGAUAUUUACAACUUUAACAAACAAUUCUGCUCGGAGCUACACUCGUGCGGUCUGGACGCGCGCGCCAUCGCCCGCUGCUUCGUGACUCACACUGCCGGCUUCAGAGUGUAUACUAGCUAUUGUACCGGGUACCCGAACACUAUGGAGAGACUAGCAGCCCUGGCUUCGAAGCCAGCCUUCCGCGAGCGACAGAUAGCCCUCUCUCACCCCCUACCACUUGCUUCCUACCUACUGAAGCCGGUACAGAGGAUACUGUUGUACCAUCUAUUGCUGCAGAAAGUGGUGAAACAAAGCGUCACCGGAGAGACACAAUACGCCUUACUGCAGAUGACGCGAAUAGCUCAGCACAUCGACGACAUGAAGCGACGACACGAACACAAAGUCAGGGUACAGGAGAUCCAGUCGCUCCUAUACGGCUGGAGCGGCCCGGACCUCACCACGUACGGGGAACUGUGUGCGGAGGGGACCUUCAGGGUGUUCGGCGCGCGCGCGAUGCGUCACGUGUUCUUAUUCGACAAGAUGCUGCUCGUGACCAAGAGUAGAGAGGACGGCAUACUGGCCUACAAGAGCCAUAUUAUGUGCAACAACCUAAUGCUAGUGGAGUCCAUCGAGGGCGCCCCACUCUCGUUCCACGUGAUCCCGUGGGACGCCCCGCGGCAGCUGCUGACACUGCAGGCCAGAGAUAAGAGGCACAAGCGGGAAUGGACGCUGCUGUUGAAACGGGUGAUACUGGAGAACUACAACGCAGUAAUCCCGUCGCACGCCAGACAGCUGCUCAUGCAGCUCGGACAGAACAAGACCGACGACGACAUCCUAGCCGCACAAGCUGCCAAAUCCCAUAACCUAAUAACACAAGCAUCGAUGAGGAAGCAGCUAUCAGCACCAGAAUACUUAGAAAAGAGAAAACUGGAGAAAGAUCGACGCAAAACAUUCGACAUGCGAGGACGAGCGAAGAAAGGCAACAGAAACUACACACUGCCUUUGAAGAGCUGUGAUUGUGCGCAGGUAUCAGCAGAAAAAGGUAUAGAUUACACUUGUGAGAUUUGCUACAUAGAUUUGUGCUCGGAUUGUGAGCUAGAAGUAGGUAAAGGUAAAGAUUUUGAUGAUCAAUGCAUUGAUUGUGAUAGGCUCAACUAUUUGGGUGUCGGUAGCGUUGAUAAUCUUACUAGGAAAGCAGAUUCUGACUUCAAAUCUUCAGUUGAAAGUGUGAGUAAGGAUGGUGUUAAGUUUUUGAAGGCUGGUUAUCAUUCUGACCCAAAUGCGGAUGAUAAAAGUCUAACGGAUGCUAAUUCAUUGAUAGAUAUCAGAAGUAUUAAUAAGUCUUGUCUUAAAUGCUCGCUGAUUAAAGAAAAUAUCCCCACGACAGAUAAUUUCAGAUCCCGUUGCGUUGAAGUUGACAGGAAUAAAGAUACGUUACGGUCAAAGUCUAGAGAUGACCCGCAAAGGUCAAGGUUGUCUAAAAUAGGUACUUGGAGGAGGAAAUCUGAACCUAAUAGACAGCAGGUGGCGUUAGUGGCAAAAAGAUCGCAGGAAGGUAUUGAGAAAGGCAUGGAAAAGUGUGAAUUUCUAUGUAGAAACUGCGGUUCUAAUAAAAUCAACAAACACGAUAGACAUGAAGAGGUUGUCAUGUCUGACCCUGAAUUGGACGAUCGCAAAAGAGCUUCUAUAGCUCAGAACUUGGAGAUCAAAAUGUACAACACGAAACAUAUACCAAAGAAGAUAUCGAAACUGAAGAAAAACAGGGCUAAAGGUCGCAACACUGAUACGACUGCAAAGUUCUAUGCUGAUUUAUCAAAAGACGAAUUCACUAAAAACGUUCUUCAUAUAACCGAGUCUAAUGACAGUUUAAAUGUUGACACAACUAAAAAUGAGGACACAAAAGAUUCUACGGAUGGUAAACCUUCAUUAAGUAAAGAUGAAUCUAUAGAUGAGGAGACGUAUAAGAAAUUGAUAGAGAAAACAGAUUCGUUUAAGAAAAACGAACUUGAAAAGGUAAAGUUCUUGAACAAACAAAAAGUAAUUAAUGAAAAUUCACCGAGUGAGGAAAAAGGCGAAGAAAUAGACGAGAAAACAGAAGAUAAGGAGACUCAAGAAAAUACCGAAGAAGCGGAACAGCCGUUAGAGCACAUAAUUUCACAGCUACUUCUUCAAAAUCGGGAAUUCCAAAAAAUACUGAAGAAGCAACAGGCUAGAAGUAGCCAAAAAAGACAUCAGAUGCUUUUGAAAUCUCACUCUUACCCAGAACAAAGUCCAAAAUCUCCUACAAGAAAGAAUUCGGAAGGAGUCAUCGAGACACCUUUGAGUCCUCCAAAAGAAAUACAAUCGUUAGAAGAAGAUCACAUUUAUGAAACACUAAGAGUAGUAGAUAGAGUAGAAGAAACACUACAUACAUUAGACACUAAAAGUAAAUCUAUACAACACAGGAAUUCUAGAAAUUCAAGAAUUCCCUCGCCCACAUUAAAUCUGAGGCCGACAUCACCGCAAAAUAUAAAUUUUGAAAAUAUUCGAAAUGCUCCACCGGAUUCUGACUAUGUCUACUUGACUUUUAACAAACUUCAGGAUGAUAUCGAAGGUAUCUACGAUGUGCCUAUAAAAUCUCCCGAAAAGGUUGUAAACAAGCAAAAAGAUAGAGAUUACUAUGUAACUAUGCAAAACCAGUCGUCUCCUAUCAAAGAUACUGAGGAUAUUUACGAUAACUUAGUUCCUGUUACUAAAUUAAAAGAGGCUGCGAAUGAAAGCCAAGGAGAUUACCUACCAAUGAGUCCUGAAGCCAAGAGUCCAAAACAAGGAGGUCCGAAUACUCCAGAAAAAUGGCUCAGUGAUCAAAAAGACCAUUUCAAUGUACCACGAGACAGAAAGUCUGGUUCUUUGCCACGAAGUUUCCAAGUGGGUAGUCCAGAAGAUGUGAGUUUAAGUACGUUUAAAAGCAAGCCAACUGGUAAAUCAUAUUUGAACAGAGAUGGAAAAGUAAUUAACUCAGAUAGGCCUUACACAAUUGCGUCCGACCAAGGCGAAAUAAGAUACGAAAACGCUGAAAAUUACGUCAGUGAAGAGAGCAUGACUAUUGCCAAAAUGAAUCUGAAAGACACAACUACAGAUGUGCAAAAUAUAAGCAAGUCAACCCUCGAAUUAGAAGAGGAAAUAGACAGGUGUUAUAAGAAUAAUUUUGAAGCGGUAAAUUUGGAUUCAAUUACAACUGAAAACCUUGACGUUUUUGAGCCGAAUUUGAAUGUUUCUACUUCAUCGUCUUGUGAAGCGUACACGGACAAAAAUGAAGAAAACAAAGCCAAGGACAUGGACUUGAUACACCACCCAGAACAUAAGAUUUAUAAACCAACAAGCAAUAUGUUAUCUUUGAAAAAUGUUCUCAGCAGAUUCAAAAGUCGACCUGACAAAAGUAACGACGAUUCUACUGAUGCUCACGAACAAAGUCCGGAGAAUUUAAAAACUGAUGCAAAAAUUUCAGCAAACGAAAAACGAUCAGGUUUAAAUCCACGCAGUUACUCGAAAAAUCUUUUACAACGUUUCAGAAGUAUUAUUGGCGAUGAACACCCAGAUGACGCUUCUAAACCUAAAAAGACAAUCGAUGAUAUCCACAGUAGUGCUAAAACGGAUAUAAAAGUCGUUAUAACAAGCACAGAUUCAAAUCCAACUGUCUCUGUAGCAACAAAUGAUGCAUUGAGCAAAAGUGUUUGUGAAAAUACAACUUUAUCUCGAAGUCAAUCUGAAAAGCACAAUUUGGAGAUUCUUUCACACAGCUGUGACAAUAUCAAUCAACAAAUGGAAACGCACACACAUAAAUACGAUAGAAGUCAAAGCACAACAGUUUCAAACACAACGCUGUCGCCUUCUAAAUCUAACAGCUCUUUUCAGAGUUUAAAUAAACUUCCCAUUUACAUGCAGGGAAGUAGGCAUUUAGGGGCUAGAAUAGCGCAGUCGGAUUAUGUAGAUCCUAAAACUUUAGUAAGCGAGAAAGCACCUCUUAAAAGUAUUAAUGUUCUUAUAAAUAAAAAUGCAGUCAGACCAGACAGCCUAUUCUCAAAUGCGUCAUUCGUAACUUCUUCUAGUGAAGGCAACAUUGAAAGUCAAAAGUCGGAAAAUUAUGUUAAAGAAAAAACAAGUAAAAUUGCCGAUGCGACUAUAUCGGAUGAGAGUUAUUACGAAAAGUCAUUUGAAAAGAUUGAAAAGCUAUUAGACGAUGAUGCUUUCAGAGAUUCGGCUGUUUAUUCUGAUCACGAAGACACAGUUGACAGUAAAGAUACGAAACGCAGGAAUUUGACAAAAACAGUCACUACUAUUGAACACGUAAAACGCACAUCUUCAUUCAAAAGCGAACAGGUUUCUAUCAAAACUAGCGUUACGGAUACGAAAAGCAAUGUACAAUCUCAACUCUCUUAUACAAGUAAAAUGAGCACAACUAAUAACACAGAACAAAAGCCUAAAGUUAAUGAACAAACAAAGCCUAAAACUGCUCCUCCAGUACCUAUUAAACCUAAAUUAACCCAUCUACCUACACCAACCGGUUUUCAAUCAAGGGUUGUCAAUAAACAUGUGAUUAAAAGUCAAGAAACAACCGACACAACAAACGUAACAACUAUUAAGAGAAACAUUAGUAUGCGAUACGUAAAACCUGACGAAAUUAAACAUACGGCUGCCAGUAACUCGGAAAAAGUCGAAGCGAAACCUCAAAUAGACAUUGCAGAAGUAAAAACAAAAGCAGUUGAAAAUAUCAAAGAAACACCUAAAGAUACAGCAACAGAGACGCCGCAACUUAAAAGAAACACAUUUGACAGAGCCAGCCUAGAUUCGGCCAUACGUAAAACGAAACCAAAUGUGGAAGGACACACAAAGUCAGUCCUGGAAAGACGAAUGGAGAUCGAAUCUUUGACAAAAGCUAAAUUUAAGCCAGCACCUAUAACGAAAAAGCCAUCUCAAAUAGCCAAACCUAAAGGCACUACGUCUAAAGUCGCACCUUAUGAAAGAAGUACUUCAGAAUUUGCGAAAUCUGAAUUGAAAUCUGGCACAAGCACUGAACCAACUAAAGCAAACAUUCCUAUUGAGAUUACUUCAGCUGAAAAUGAGGAUUCUAAAGGUGGCAGCUGGGUAAAGACUGUUGUCAACAAAUUCCAAUAGAAUACAGCAAUUUUGUUCACAUUAAUUGAAUCUCCACAUUUUAAAAAAUCAUUCAUUCAAAAAUCUUCACAAUUUCUGAUACAUAGAUUAUAGAAUCAUGUUCGACAUCGGCAGAAUUUGCUGUGAUAUUUAGAUCAUCAUCAUCAGCCCUCUAUUGUCCACUGUAGGAUAUAAUGAGCCUUUUUAUUAUUAUAUAAAUUCUAAAUGCUGCAGAAAAGCAUUCAAUUAUUAAUACUUAUGUAUGUUUAUUGAGAACAGUCUGUAAUUUUAACAUUUUAAUGUUUGUUGGGCUGAUACAUAAAUUCCACUAUUAUUAUGUAUUUACAUCUGAUAUUUACUUAAUAAUAUUUUCAUAAACCUUUUGAGUGAUUUCUGCAUUUACUUGAAACUUGUAUUAUUCAAUUUUUUGAAAUAUCCACCUUUAUUUAACAAUGUAGUGUGUGAGUAAGGUAUUAUAUUAAAAAACACGUAUUUUUGUUGAAAUGAGAAUGAAAGAAAAUUUGCGUAAAUCUAGUAAACAGAUUAUAAGUAUUAUCAAUUAUUAACUUCAAAUAAUCAAUUUUCUUGUGUAUUGUCUAAAAAUAACAUAAUCAAGUACUUAGGAUUUUCAUAAUUUGUACCUAACGUAAGGUCAAGCCUUUUGGAAGUUGUGAGCUAAGUCAAAAUAAGAAUAAAAUACGAUAUUUGUCAUCAUAAAUAAAUUUAUGAUGUAUUUUUGUAAUCUUUAGCCUUCUUAUACUUGUGCCAUAGACAUAAAUAUAUUUUUGCAUUAGCUUAGUGCGUUUUAUGUAAGGUCUUUUUUAUGUUAUGUUGGCAACACUAACCCCGUACCACCAUCGAUUAGCGAUUUUUAUUUUGGUCUGUUAUAGUGCGGCCGAGCUUUCAAAUUUUUAGCAGUUACAGUGCCAUAAACUUAUCUGUUCCGGUGACAGCUCACGUAAAUGUGUAAUAUUUCUUCAUUCUAUAAGAGUUUAAGUUUGCCAGUAGUGGUAAUUCGCUCUUGCGGUUUUUAUAAACCAUCUAUAUC